UUUAUAUUUUUUAAUAUUGCAUAUAUUGACUUUCCUCAUUAAUCCCCCAUCAUUCUUUCCUUGUCAGUAACGAGUAUUUCUGUCCAACACUUGUGAUUAUACCAUUUCAAAAUAAAUAUGAGCAGAAACCCAGCGAUUUUAUUCCAGAGAUUUGUAUCUUUACCUUGUUUGCCCUCAGAUCGUCAAGUUUCAUGGAGCCAAAAUCAAAGGCUGGUGAAGGGGAACUUUGGCAGUAAUAAUUUAUACUAGGCAUCUCUUCGAUCAGUGUGAUAUUUUGCUGAAGUAUACAGCGUAUCUUCCUGCUAUUGUUUUGGUGCUUUUAUCAGAUUUGUGCUAUCCGCUGUUCAACUCGAUUAUUAUUGUGUGGGUGUGGGUGUCUCUUAUUACAGCAUUCAAUGAGAAUUCCACUCCUUUCAUGGCUUUUCUUCAUGCCCAUAUGCUUACUUUCUAUCAGCUUCUAUGUUCCUAUGGUUUGCGGACAAUCUCUUACCAAUCAGAAAGCCUUGUUGCUCCAAUUGAAGAAUAGCCUCAUUUUUCACAGUGCUUCAUCUACAAAACUGGUGCACUGGAACAAAAGCAUCGAUUGUUGCUCAUGGGAAGGCGUGACCUGCAACAAGGGACGUGUUAUUGGUCUCGACCUCAGCAAUGACUCUAUCUCAUGUUCACUUGACAAUUCAAGCAGCCUGUUCAAGCUUCAAUAUCUUCAGAAUCUGAAUUUAGCAUACAACGACUUCAACGGUUCUGAUAUUCCUUCAGAAUUUAAUAAGUUGUCGAAUUUGGUUUAUUUAAACCUUUCAUAUGCCGGCUUUCGAGGACAAAUUCCAAUUACAAUUUCGCAUUUAAAAGGAUUGGUUAGUCUCGAUUUAAGUGAUUGGAGCUUGAAGCUUGAGAAUCCAAAUCUAAAUAUGCUUAUUCAAAACCUUUCGAAGCUUACGGAACUUUAUCUCGAUCGUGUGGAUAUAUCAAUGCAAGGGUAUGAGUGGGGCCCAGCAUUAUCAAUUUCACUACCAAAUCUAAGAGUGUUGAGCUUGUCAUAUUGCAAUCUGUCGGGGCCUUUUGAUCCGUCCUUGGUGAAUCUCAAAUCCCUCUCUGUUAUCGAUAUGCGUCAUAACAACUUAUCUGCUCCAAUUCCUAAAUUUUUUGCAGACUUUAGAAAUUUGACAACCUUGAAUUUCUUUGACUCUUCGUUGAAUGGACAAUUUCCAGAAAGGAUCUUUCAAAUUCCAACAUUGCAAAUGGUUGACCUGUCAUAUAAUGAUCAACUUGAAGGUUUCUUGCCAGAAUUUCCUUCGAAUGGAUCUCUUCAAACCCUAAUCCUUUUACAAACAAAGUUUUCAGGGUCAUUGCCAUAUUCUAUUGGGAAUCUCAAACUAUUGUCUACAGUCGGUCUUUCUUAUUGCAAUUUCAAUGGAGAAAUUCCGAAGUCAAUGACCAAUCUCACCGAAUUGAUUUAUUUGGACUUUGCAUCUAACAAAUUCAGGGGAUCAAUUCCAUCAUUAAGCAUGAGCAAGAAUCUGAAAAGAAUAGAUCUUUCCUACAAUGAUUUGACAGGUCAAAUUUCUUCCACUCGAUUGGUAGAUGAUCUAUUGAAUUUGCGGAGUCUUGAUUUGAGUUACAAUUCACUAGAAGGGAGUAUUCCAGUUUCUCUUUUUUCCCAUCCUUCAUUGCAAUAUUUAUUACUUCGAAACAAUCGAUUUUCUGGCCUACCUGAUGAAUUUUCAACUGCUCCUUCUCACGUAUUGAGUGAACUUGAUUUAAGUCACAACAACUUGGAAGGGAAAAUUCCCAUGUUUGUGUUUAAACUACCUUCUCUUAGCACGCUUGAUCUUUCUUCCAAUAACUUCAAUGGCUCUUGGCAGUUUUGUGCGGUUCAGAAAUUAAAGCAUCUUGCCAAUCUUGAUCUUUCAUACAAUGAUCUCUCGAUUGAAUAUAGUGGAAGUAAUUGUUCAUUGUCUUCUUUUCCCCAAAUUAUAAUGUUGAGAUUGGCUUCUAACAAGUUGGAAAGAAUUCCAGAUUUCUUGCGAAACCAAUCUGCCUUGGUAGAGCUAGACCUUUCAAGCAACCAGAUUCAUGGAGAAAUACCACACUGGAUUUGGAAAUUUACAGAACUGGACGUCUUAAAUCUCUCCAAUAACAACUUGGUGACUCUAGAAAGACCUUUGCUCAAUGUUUCUUUCAUGGGCGUGGUGGAUCUAAGCUCCAACGAACUCCAAGGGCAGAUUCCCGAAUCAAUAUGCAAUGCUACAUCUACUGUUUUGGAUUUAUCUAACAAUUUCUUAAGUGGCAUGGUCCCCCAUUGCUUAUUGAGUCAGCCAAGUCUAGAGGUGCUAAAUCUAAGAAAAAACCAACUCUCAGGCAAAAUUCCUGAUACGUUUCGAACCAAUUGUUCUUUGGAAACUUUAGAUCUUGGUGAAAACCAAUUAGAAGGAACGUUGCCAAAAUCUUUAGCCCAGUGCAAAUAUUUGGAGUUCCUGGACAUCGAGAAUAACAGCAUUGAAGAUACUUUCCCAUGUUACUUGAGCAAUAUAUCCAUGUUGCGUGUCCUUGUUUUCAAAUCUAACAAGUUCCACGGACCCAUUGAUUGUGAUCUAGAGUCUAAUGCCACUUGGCCACUGCUUCAAAUUAUAAACUUAGCUUCAAACAAUUUUAGUGGUAAGCUGACAGAAAAGUCCUUCGGCAUCUUGAAGGCAUUUAUGGCAGAUAAACAUCAGGCAGAAUUAGAGGUCAUUCGUCAUGUACUUAAAGUCAAUGCCAGCGAUUUUGUUUUUUUUCAUUUUGAUUAUGAAGAUAAGCUGACAAUUAUUGCCAAAGGUCUAUCUCUUAAUCUGGUGAAGAUCCUAACUAUUUUCACCCUUCUUGACCUUUCAUGCAACAACUUUUACGGGCCUCUACCAAACGAAAUUGGAAACUUCAAAUCACUGUAUGUCCUCAACUUGUCUCGUAACAGUUUCACAGGCAAUAUUCCACAAUCUUUGGGAAAAUUAAGUAAACUUGAGUCACUGGACUUGUCAAGCAAUGACCUUACAGGUGAGAUCCCUAUUGAACUCGCAGAUGGUCUAAUUUUCCUAUCAGUCCUCAAUCUUUCUUUCAAUCAAUUGUCGGGAAAAAUUCCACAAAUCAAGCAAUUUACUACAUUUCCAAACUCUGCCUAUAAAGGGAACAUAGGAUUAUGUGGCAUUCCUUUGGAAGAACAAUGCAAAGGUGACGGGCCAGGAUUGUCAACUCCAACAUCUGAAGAAUCUGACUCAAAUUCUAAAAUUGGAAUUGACUGGAACUUCAUAAGUGUUGAAUUGGGAUUUGUUUUUGGUUUUGGAAUUGCUAUUGGGCCUCUUAUGUUUUGGAAAAGGUGGAGGAUGUGCUACUACAAACAUGCUGAUGAAAUAUUUUUUAAGAUCUUCCCUCGGUUGUAUAUUACAAUAGAAAACCGUCGAAGACAAGCACACAUGAACCAAAGACGAAGAGCUCACAGAAAUCAAGGAUGGAGGCAUGAGUGAUAUAUCGCUUGACAUAUAUGAGCCAUGAGGAGUAAUGUUGUCAGAUAUGCAGGUGAUUUAUGCAAGGUGAACGGGAUUUGGAAGCAUAACUAACUAAUGUUGUCACUGUUGUAUUUUAGCACUCGACUAUUUACAGUAUGAUUGGCAAUAAAUGGAUAUGCUUUAAUAUAUAGCUUUAAGUUUUAUUAGACUUCCAAGCAUAAAACUAUAGACUCAAUGCAGUAGAAAGGUCAGUAGAAAGGUUUAUGCAAGACAUGUUCUAACAGAUAUAAAUAUCAUGUGAUAUCCAGUUUGAACUGUAAUAGUUUAUUUGGUUUCAUCGCUACCACAUUUCGUGGACUGCUAUGAAUAAAUAUUUCUUCAUCAUAUAGAUCA